AUUUUGUUGCAUAUGUAAUGUACACUGCAUUGUGAUUCUCCAAAGAGAAAGAGGAAUGGGAAUUCAGGGGUUUUUGCCGCUAUUGAAAUCGAUUAUGGUUCCAGUCCACAUCAAGGAUUUGAAGGGUUGUUCUGUAGCGGUAGACACCUACUCUUGGCUCCACAAAGGUGCCCUCUCUUGCAGCACGGAACUCUGCAAGGGGAUGCCCACUACCAGGCACAUUGAGUAUUGCAUGCACAGAGUAAAUUUGCUGCGCCAUUUUGGGGUUAAGCCUAUUCUAGUGUUUGAUGGAGGGCUUCUGCCGAUGAAGAGUGAACAAGAGAACAAGCGUGCCAGGGCUAGAAAGGAUAAUCUUGCACGUGCAGUUGAACAUGAGUCAGAUGGAAAUUCAGCUGCUGCUUAUGAGUGCUACCAGAAAGCAGUUGAUAUCUCACCUCAAAUUGCAUGUGAGCUAAUUCAGGUCUUGAAGCAGGAGAACUUGCAGUAUAUUGUUGCUCCUUACGAGGCAGAUGCCCAGAUGACAUUCUUGGCAAUUAGUGGACAAGUUGAUGCAGUUAUAACUGAAGAUUCUGAUCUUAUACCAUUUGGUUGCCCAAGAAUUAUCUUUAAAAUGGACAAGUUUGGUCAAGGUGUUCAGUUUCAGUAUUCCAUGCUACAAAAGAAUAAGGAGCUUAGUUUUGAAGGGUUCAACAGACAAAUGCUUCUUGAAAUGUGUAUUUUGAGUGGCUGUGACUAUCUGCAGUCCUUGCCAGGUAUGGGUCUCAAAAGGGCCCAUGCAAGCAUUAAAAAAUUUAGAAGUUAUGACAAGGUUCUUAAGCACUUGAGAUACAGUGGAGUUUCUGUGCCUCCCUUUUAUGAAGAGUCAUUCAAGAAGGCUAUAUUUACUUUCCAAUAUCAACGGGUUUACGAUCCAAUUAAUGAAAAUAUUGUCCAUUUGUCUAAUAUACCUGAUGAUAUUGGUGAUGAGUUAGACUUUUUAGGCCCACCCAUGCCAAAAGAUAUAGCACAAAGAAUAGCAAAAGGGGAUCUUGAUCCAAUUACCAAAAUGCCAUUUGAGGGAGAGAAUCUUACAGCCAGAUUAGCAAUUGCAGGAACUAGUCAAUUCAAGACUCACCAUUCUGAAAGUGCAAAGAAAAAGAUUGAUUUGCCCGUGCAGAAGAAUCUCUUGACUAAGUAUUUUUGUUUUGCUUCUCUUGAAGCGAAAAGGAAAUUCAGAGCUCCUCGGGUGUCACCUAGUGCUGCUAAUGAAACAAAGAAUUCUACUGCAUCAGUAAUUGACUCUGAGGAUUGGGGCAGUGUCCCUCCUCCUAAUAGCCAUGUUGAAUAUGGUUCUGCCACAAACAUUUCUGAAUUUACAGAGUCUCCAUGUCACAUGUCUAUGGUGGGUGAGGAGAAGAAAAGCCCUGAACAUACAGUACUGCGACAGCCCAGGCAGCCAAUUCAUAAACCAUGCCUGGGGUUGCAUAAGGAUCAUGAGCACACAAAUGUCAAAGACACAGUUGAAGGAAAAACCAGGGAGGCAACACAAAAGGUAAUUGUAAGGAGUGCUUAUUUUCAGCACAAGCAAGUGGAAAAGAAUGUUUAUGAUGAGAAACAAGAUUGCCUAUCCUCUGGCGUUGUCAUUGAUAAGAGAAAAAAUGCCUUAUCUGAUAGUGAUUUUUGUAACAAUGAUUUCAAGAAUAAAGACCAGGUAGUCCAUGACUUACUUGAAGGAAAAAGCAGGGAGGGAACAAGAAAGGUAAUUGUAAGGAGUGCUUAUUUUCAGCACAAGCAAGUAGAAAAGAAUGUUUUUGACAAUAAACAAGAUUGCCUGUCCUCUGGCAUUGUCAUUGACGAGAGAAAAAUCGCCAUAUCUGACAGUGAUUUAUGUAACAACCUUUUGAAGAAUAAAGACCUGAAAAGGAAGAUCUCCCCUAAUGACAAUAUUCAAAAUGAAAAUUUGCAGCCCAGGCAAAUGCACCGUUCUUCACCUCCUCAUAAUAAUGGUUGCUGCGAUCACAAUGUUGACGGACCAUUUACAGAGAAUAAUGCUGAAGAAGAAAAUUUUGGGACAAAAAUUUCCCAUCUGGGCCAGUAUUCAGAAAUAGCUGAGAAGUCUAUGGAAAGAUUUGUCUCCGUUAUGUCAUCCUUUAGAUGCACUUCUGGCACUCGAGUCAGUGGUCUCCGUGCUCCUCUGAAAGAUGUUCGAAACACUUCUGGUAAUAGGCCAAAAAAAACUGUAGACUUUGGUCAAUAUGCAUAUGUGCCAAAACAAACCAAGACUAGAAGAAUAGCUCCUGGGAAUUAAUUCGAGUUGUUUAAGGGGAACAUAACUUGAUUGAGGUUUGUGUCAUUUUUAACACCAUUCUGCCCCAGCCAGGACCUGCAUAGAGCUAAUUUUUCUUUGGAAGCUGUAAAUUGUAUUCUUGAUGUAGCCCCCCCAUUCAUUUGGGGAAGUCAUCUUGUUUUCUUCAUUUAAUACCACACAUAGUAUAAAACUUGGUUCAAAAGUUCACGAGCAUUUUUCUAAAUUUUGUAUGUCACUGAAUAAGUGUAUGCCCCGUGUAUUCUCAUUUAUUGAUAUCAAUUUUGGAAUAGAAGCGUUUAUUGAUAUGAAAUCAGCAUAUCGCCGUA